CAGUUCAGGCAGGGCGUUAUACAGUUGGGUUGGGCUUGUUUCCCUCCACUUGGUCAGCUUAAAAGAGUGAGAGAAAUCCACUACUUUUCCAGGGCAUCCACUGCAGAAUCAGUAAGAGCCUAAACAGCAGGCUUAAAAAAAAAACUGAUGAGAUGGCAGAGUUGGGAAAUGUGAGAGUGUGAGACUUUGGAAGGAACUGAAAACUUUAAAAGGAUUAACGAAGCAGCAGAAGUCUAUUUUACAUAAAAGACCACGCCAGCGACUCAACUGCUUACUGAUCAACAAAAACUAUUGAGGGACCACAAUGGAUGUGCCAAUAACUUCAUUGCUGCUACUACUCUGCUCUCUUGGUGCUGCUGUUUGGUCUUGCCCAAAUGGAUGCCUAUGUAAAGAAACAAAUGUCCUAUGCACUGGCCUCUCUGACUUCCCUACAGCGGUGCCGUCAUCUACCACCUUUAUCAACUUUCGUGAAUGUAAAUUCUACUCUCUUAAAGCUGAGGAUCUCAAUGAUUUCUCAGAUAGUCUUAAAAAGUUUGUAAUUUUGGACACAUCUUUGAGGGAAAUUCACCCUGGCACAUUCAAUGACACGUUAAACAUUGAAUCUAUGGGAAUAUCUAAGACUGAAAUACAGGAUCUAUCUGAGAUGUUGUUCCAAAGUCUCCAAAAACUUCAGAUUUUGAUUCUGAGAAACAACAAGCUCUAUGCAAUCCAGCCAAGGUUGUUUUCCCAGUUAACAGAGCUACAACAACUUGACUUGGGCACGAAUGAAAUCACUCAUAUACCUGCGCAAAGCUUUCAUCGCCUAACAAAGCUGCAGUACUUAUCAAUUGCUGGGAAUAAUGUUACUCAAAUAUUCAGUGAGACAUUCAAGGGUCUUUCUGAAUUAAAAACCUUGCGCCUUAACAAAAACAAGCUUAAUGAAGUUCCUGUAGGGAGUCUGGAUGACCUUGCAAAUCUGGAGGAAUUAACUCUACAGGACAAUCUAAUCACUCAUCUCCACAGAGAUUUAUUUCUAAAAACUCUGAAGCUACAGAAAUUGUUUGUUUCCAACAACAGGCUGACAUCACUUCCGCAAGGAAUCUUCCUUAAUUUGCCUCUUCUUUCUCACAUUUCUCUGUAUGAGAACAAUCUAGAAAGUCUGAGUCCAGGGAUCUUCGGUCCAAUGGCCCUGCAGGAGCUGUGGCUGUAUGACAACAAACUGAGCCGUAUUGAUGACGACACCUUCAGGAACCUGACUCACUUACGUCUUCUGGUGCUCAGUCGAAACCACAUCAGCUUUGUAUCUGACGGCGCCUUUAGAGGUUUGACAAACCUUGGGGAGGUGUCACUGCACACCAAUCUACUUACAACUCUCCAAGCCAAGACGUUUGAACAUUUGCCCAGUCUGGUCAACAUAUCAUUGGAGCACAACUUCCUUGCCUCCCUUCCAUUGGGUUUCCUUGAGGGUCUAAACAACCUGGGAGAGAUAGACCUGCGAAACAACUCACUUUCUAACUUACCACAGUAUAGUCUAGAUGCACUAAGUAAAGCAAAGUAUGUCAUAUUACAGCAGAACCCCUGGAGAUGUGACAAAGGCAUUUCACCUCUGAGGGAUUGGCUCAGACAACACCCCUCUAAGGUUAACCAAACUCUUGUUUUAUGCGAGAGUCCUUCCAGCCUAAAAGGUGAGGUAAUUGCCUUGCUUACAGAUGAAAAUCUGAUGCCAUUAAGCCCUUCUGAAGCGCCUAUUUUGACCUCGACUGAGAGGAGAAGGAGACCCCAUACACAUCCACCCAAACGAAGCACUCCAUCGACGGGAAUAAAGACCACGCCAACCUCAGAACAGGAGAAUGUGACCAAGGGUGGAGAGGAAGAAAAUAAAAAGAGUUUUGAUAUUUCUGUAACUCUAAUUGCACUUGCAGUAGUUUCUACUGUCAUCAUCAGUUUAGUCAUCAUUGGUUGUGUUUGCUGGAAAGGAAACAGGAGAGGGAAUGAAAAUAUAAGCCAACGGAAUCGUAAUUCAGUGCCUAUGGGAAUGUCAAGAAUGUUGAACGGAGAGAUCACUGCUUUCUUUCUGUUUUUACUGAUUAUGGAUUUUUUGGUGAUUGAAAUUGCUGAAGAAGACCAUCAGAUAGUUUUCGACCAUUCUACAACAGAAAUCCCCCAAACUCUUAGAGCUGGUGUGACAGAGGUCUUUUUUGUGUCAAGCCGUAUUACAGAGAUCCCCAAUGGAGCUUUUACUGGACAUCCAGAGCUUGUGAAAGUGGUUUUCAUGGGCACAAAAAUAUCAGCAAUUGAGCCUGGAGGAUUUAAUGGUUUGGUAAAUCUAAGAAGUCUUGAGAUCUCCAAUAAUCCAUUGACUUCAGUGCCUCUGGGUUUGUUUAAAGACAACAGCCUCCUGGACACAAUUAUUUUAAAGUUUAAUCAGUUUGUUAGACUUGAGAAAGGAUUGUUUGAUGGUUUAAAUCAUUUAGAAGAUCUACAGCUGCAAGGAAAUAGAAUAGAAUUCAUUGAAGACCAAACAUUUGACGAUCUUGUCAAUCUUGAAAAGCUUCAAUUGGGUAAAAAUAAUCUCACUGCAGUCUCCACAAGCUGGUUCUCAAACCUGAAAAAACUGAAUACUCUACGACUUUAUGAAAACCAACUGACUACAAUACCAGAGGAUCUUUUCACAAACUUACCGGACUUAAGGGAAGUAAGUUUGCAAGGAAACAAGAUCAAAGAACUGUCACCAAAUCUGUUUCCACAUAAAAAUAAGAUUUUUAAAUUGGAAUUAGAGAGUAAUCUUCUAACCAGUUUACCUGAAAAAUAUUUUGUUGGCUUUCCUAAGCUUAAAAUUUUAACCUUAAAGAAUAAUCAGCUGACGAACCUUCCACCAGUUCUUUUUGGGGAAAUGAAUGACAUGACUGAGCUCAGCCUCCAAAAAAACAAUCUCAGCACUCUUCCUAAGGGAAUCUUCAGCUCCUUGAAGAGAGUUAAGAAGUUAGAUCUCUCUGGAAAUCAGUUUGUGAAGUUGUCUUCUGAUUACUUUGAUGGCCUUGAGAGGCUCACUGAGCUUAAUGUCCAAAACAAUAUGAUACAGUCAUUGGAUGCACAAAUGUUUGAAAACCUUGGAUUAUUGUCCACAGUCAAGCUUGCCAACAACAGUCUAAGGACACUUCCUGGGGAUGUAUUUGAGUCGUUGACCAAACUUAAAAAGCUCUACCUUAGUGGCAACCCAUGGCAAUGUGAUUGCAAUCUGAUAGACUUGUACCUCUGGAUAAUAAACAAUGGGGCUAAAGUCAAAUCGGAAGUGCUCUGUGAACAUCCAGAACAUUUAAAAGGACAGCAAAUCCAAUUGUUAAACAGGGAUCAGUUAAUUUGCCCCACCCUUCCACCCACAACCACCACCUUACUCACCACAAUACCAACAACAGUCCUAACAACAACACCUACAACUACUGUGGCUACCACCACCUUACUCACCACAAUACCAACAACAGUCCUCACAACAACACCUACAACUACUGUGGCUACCACCACCUUACUCACCACAAUACCAACAACAAUCCUAACAACAACACCUACAACUACUGUGGCUACCACCACCUUACUCACCACAAUACCAACAACAAUCCUAACGACAACACCUACAACUACUGUGGCUACCACCACCUUACUCACCACAAUACCAGCAACAAUCCUAACAACAACACCUACAACUACUGUGGCUACCACCACCUUACUCACCACAAUACCAGCAACAAUCCUAACAACAACACCUACAACUACUGUGGCUACCACCACCUUACUCACCACAAUACCAACAACAGUCCUAACAACACCAACAACUGCACUGCACACUACAAGACCCACCACCACUUUGCCAACCACUACACCCACAACAACACAACAAACCACUACAAUCCUCAAAACCACUACAUCAUCCACAACAACACCAUCAACCACGGCUACUUCCACCAUAGGACAAACAACUAUGGCGCCAACAUACCAUACCAUGUUACCAACAACAACAACAACAAUGAUCACAACUUCUGUUAUGACCACCACUCCAACCACCACCACAACUACACCCCUCACCACAACAGCCAAACCAACGACCACACUAAAAACUACAGCUUUAACAACUAAACUCACAACUACUGUAAAAACAACACUUUUGACAACCACCACAUUAACAACUCCACUCACAACUACACACUCAACUUCACUAACUACAACUCCCUAUAGAACUACCACCACGCUGACCACAACUACACACACAACAUCUCCAACAACCAUGCUGAGGACAACCCUUCCAACAACCACUCAACCAGAGACUUCUAUUGCUCCAAAUCGUUUCAAAUUCACCUGCACUCCAGAGUUAAAUACUCCCUAUGUUCAUCACAUCAGCAGAAAAGUUCAAGAGUGCAAAACAUGGAUGAUAAUCUACACAUCUCUGCUUGUUGUGGAGAUCACCUACUCACUGGUGCUGGCUAAACUCACAGUUUCUCUUUAUAAGCUGCUGCAGCAAAGAGAAAGAAGGAAUUACAGACCUAUCAAACUCACUCAUUUUUCCUACAGAAGAGACGUAAUCCUGAAGCCUGUGCAGGAGGCAGAAACUCAAGGUCUUUUACGAUAAUUUUGAUGAUUAAAAUAUUUUGCAUUUCCCCCAACUGGAUAUUAUCAGCAAUUCCUCACACAAAGUUAAACAGUGUUGCAUCCCAACUCAACACUUGUAUUGGCUUCUUUUUUUUUGGUUUUAUUAUUUUUGUGCACAUCUCCUUUGAAAUCAAGUGAAAUGUUUCUUUGUUUUUCAAAGAUUGUGUUGGAAAUGUAUGAGUAUAUAUUUAUUUCACUCCAUCUAUAUAAAUCUGUGUUUUUUGACGAACAAUUGCAUGUUCUUCUACUUAAUUAUAAUUUUACAUUUAUUGGCUUGUAUUUCUGAAAUAUUUCUUUGCUGUAAAUAAUUUCUUAUUUC